AGAGCGCGUUGGCUUGAUUUGAGGUAAACGGAGCGCACUUUUAUAUCUUUCGCCAGUGACUAAAUGUGCGAUAGACGGCAACGCCAAUCAUCCACGAAACCACCUCACAUCUCAUGCAAGACAUGGAAAGGAGAGGGCCUUGCGCCCCGGGAAGAACUCACGCAUCACACAAAUGGAGAAGCAACAGCUUGAAGUUCCGGUCCAGAACGUAAUCAGAAGGACGACCGACCGCUCUUUCAUAUGGUGGAUUAGGGCUGAGAGAACAGCUGGCUACCUUCGACAGAACCGAAAUUACGAUAUUGAUCUUCCGAUACUCGGAGAAAGUUUCGACCGGUAUAGGCUCUUGGUUAAAUACCAACCUCCUCUCCUACCUAUCGCAACGUUGCUUGUGAUACAAUGUUUAUGGGGGAUUAGAGAUUCUCUAGCUCGGUCAUUCCUCAGAUAUGUGGCAGAACUAAGCGAAAUCUUGCUAGGCCCAGAGCGCUCUUUCACAGGUAUUUGGCUCGCACUUGUUCCGCUGGACAAGACACAAAUAGGUUGCAGCCUAUCGGCUAUGCUUUCAGCCUACUUGGAAACGAUCGGAGCACAUGUUCAAACAAGCCACGUCAAGAUACCUCGCCAAAUCCUACUUCUAUCCGGUUCGAAUGAUUUCUGAAAAGUUCUUUUAAGAGGUGAUGGAGGGGGUGCCUGAGGCUGUUUGGAGGCAAUCUAGGCGCCUAACCUGGGACGGUAUGAUAGAUAAUUCAUAGGAAAACCGGCUUCCUCCUUUUGUCUCUCUCUUUCCUUCUCUAAGCACAGACGAUCCAUUUCUGGCUCUGACCUGUACGUAUACCC